AUGACGACCACGAUGGAUUGCGAGAUUUGCUUCCGAGACUUCAACGUCUGGAAGAGGAAGCCUCUCUGCGCGGGAUGCGCUCGGGCUGUUCUCUACAACGCCCGUAUGGGCCACACCACGGCCUUGCUUGACCGCGAGAAGUCACACUCCCAUGCCGAGGCCGUGAUUCGGCCUGGCAAUGAUGGAGUCCUAGCUGCAGUAUCAGAAGAUACGGAUCUGGAUGCGCUCACACGGAGUAUCACGAAGAACAGUGUGGAUCAGUCACGAGCCGAGCAAGAAUUCACCGAGCAGCGGAUCAGCACCAUACUUGACAAGGCCGAGGAGUUGAGGCAGCAGACGGAGCAGAUGAAACAACGGUUGGCGGCGAAGAAAUUGGAACUGAAGCAACGAAGGACGGAGCUUGACGAGGAGAGGGCCGGAUUGGWGAAGCACAAACCUCGUGCGUUGGAACCAGUCAUCGCCACGACGAAGAAGACGUCUCAACGUUUGGAGAGGGUGCAGCAUAAGAUUGUGGACGCGAGACUGUUGCUGUGCCGCGAGGCUGCCGCUGCUAGCAACUUUCAGAGACACCGCCAGAAAAAUGGCAGGUCGGUGUACACUCUUGGUGGGCUCGCCAUACCAGAUCUGAGAGAGUUGAACAAGCGAACGCAGGCCUCGGCCAGGGAGGAGUCUGUCGGUGGAAGGAGCUUUGCAGAACCCCACGAGCAGGUGUCUGAAGCUUUUGGCAAUGUCGCCCGGCUGAUGAGUCUUUGCGCUCAUUACCUCUCCGUCCGUCUGCCUGCAGAGAUCAUCCUCCCACAUGAAGACUUUCCUAGGGCAGUGAUUUUACCAGACAAGUCAUCCUACAAGAGCAAGAAUGUCGCAUUCCCGGGCUCAACAAUCAGUCGCACAUCGAGUCCAGCCGCAUCUCGAGUGAUGGAGCAGAAUCAACCAAGACCUCGACCAUUGUGGAUAGAUCGUCCACUCACGCAGCUUAGCAAAGACGACGCCAAAGCCUAUGGAAUGUAUCUAGAAGGUGCAACUCUCCUCGCUUGGGAUAUGGCCUGGUUGUGUAAGACACAGGGUAUUGAUACCAUCAACACAUUUGAAGACGCUUGCAUACUGGGUAGGAACUUGUGGACUUUGCUCUUCAAAACCGAGCGUAAGCGACCAGACCUCGAUCGCAAGGAUUCCAGCACCCCGGGGAAAACCGCCAUUUCAGGAAAGAUGGAUCACAGGGAGCCCGUCGGACUCGGUGUCUUCUCCCAUGCUUCCGCAAAGGACAACCUAGCUGGCUAUGAUGGACUGACACUGAUGAAGGACUUCAAGCUCGGGUUGUCUGCGAGAUUGGGCGACAAACUCAAGACUUUCCUCCUGAACGACAUGUCUAGCGCAGAGUGGGAUUUGCUGGAGGAGAGAGAGUGGGAUGAGGAGAGGGAGGAUGAACAGCCUGUAUUCGUGGGUGGUUCCAACAGGCCACAGGAGUCCAAGUAUGCCGCGAUGAGUAUGAUGAGCGUUGCACCUCAUGAAGAUGACGAGGACGAGAGGAAGAAUAAGGAGAAGGGGAGGUGGAUGGGUCUCAGAGGGGCAUGA